AUGUCUCACGAGGAAGAUCUCAUUGACUACUCCGACGAGGAGCUUCAGACCACUGAUGCCGCAGCUACCACUGCUGCCCCCGCCGCCAAUGGAGAAGAUAAGAAAGGCGACUUGACCGUCAGCGGUGGCCGCCCUGACAAGAAGGGAAGCUAUGUCGGUAUUCACUCGACCGGUUUCCGCGACUUUCUGCUCAAAGGAGAACUUCUACGUGCCAUCACCGACUGCGGUUUCGAACAUCCAUCGGAGGUCCAGCAAGUCUGCAUCCCGACCGCCAUUUUGAACGUCGAUGUUCUUUGCCAGGCCAAAUCUGGUCUCGGAAAGACUGCUGUCUUCGUCUUGACCACCCUUCACCAGCUUGAACCCGUUCCUGGAGAGUGCUCCAUCCUCGUCAUGUGCCACACCCGUGAGUUGGCCUACCAGAUCAAGAACGAGUACGCCAGAUUCAGCAAGUACCUUCCCGAUGUGAAGACCGCUGUCUUCUACGGAGGUACCCCGAUCCAGAAGGAUGUCGAAGCUCUGUCGAACAAGGAGACCUACCCCAACAUCGUUGUCGCCACCCCCGGUCGUCUGAAUGCUUUGGUUCGCGACAAGAAGCUGUCUCUUCGCAACGUCAAGGCUUUCGUUCUUGACGAGUGUGACAAGAUGCUGGACCAGAUUGACAUGCGCCGUGAUGUCCAGGAGAUUUUCCGCGCUACCCCCGCCGACAAGCAGGUUAUGAUGUUCAGUGCCACCCUCUCGCAGGAGGUCCGACCUGUGUGCAAGAAGUUCAUGAGAAACCCGCUCGAGGUUUACGUGGAUGACGACACUAAGCUCACUCUCCACGGUCUCCAGCAGUACUACGUCAAGCUCGCUGAGUCUGAGAAGAACCGCAAGCUGAACGAGCUUCUGGACAGCCUUGAGUUCAACCAGGUCAUCAUCUUCGUCAAGAGCACACUCCGUGCCAACGAAUUGGACAAGCUGCUGCGCGAGUGUAACUUCCCCAGUAUCGCUGUGCACUCUGGUGUCAGCCAGGAGGAGCGUAUCAAACGUUACAAGGAGUUCAAGGAGUUCAACAAGCGUAUCUGUGUUGCCACCGACGUGUUCGGACGUGGUAUCGAUAUUGAGCGUAUCAACUUGGCCAUCAACUACGACUUGCCUGCUGAUGCCGACUCCUACUUGCACCGUGUCGGUCGUGCCGGUCGUUUCGGUACCAAGGGUCUGUCGAUCUCCUUCGUCAGCAACGAAGAUGACGAGAAGGUCCUUAAGGACAUUGAGAAGCGAUUCGAAGUUGCCCUCCCUGAAUACCCCGAGGGUGGCGUUGACUCCAGCACUUACAUGGCAUAA